AUGGCUAGCGAUAAUAAUGAAUUAGCAGCAUUCGUUCUACGUCGCGGUCAGAUCAAAGGGCAGCUUACACGAUUUCAAACAUUUCUGGAUGACCCAAAGUCCAAUGUUACAACGCAAUUAAGAUUACGGGCUGAAAAGAUACGUGAAGCAUGGAGCGAAUUUGAUGCCAUACAAAAUAAUAUAGAGAUAUUAGACGUUAGUAACGAACAGGUACAAUAUAGGUCCACAUCCGAAGACUUAUACUAUGAUUUAUUGUCAAAAGUCGACGAUAGAUUAGAGGGAAAUAACGCACUCGCGCAAGGUCGACAAUUAAUACAGGCUGAUCAAAGUGAAAAAACAAGUCACAAAUUUUCAUUUGUAAAACUUCAGCCGAUCGAAAUUCCUACAUUCACGGGAAAAUUUGAUGAUUGGGUAACGUUUCAUGACAUAUACUGUGCAAUGAUACAUACAAAUAAUUGUUUAUCAGAUAUCCAAAAAUUUUAUUAUUUAAGAAAUGCGUUAGAAGGCGAAGCAACUUUAUUAAUAAAAAAUUUGGAAACUUCCUCAUCGAACUAUGAAAAAGCGUGGAAAAUAAUUACCACAAGAUACAAUAAUACACGUAUGUUAAUACAAACGCAUACAAAACGUAUUUUUGAUCUAGAGCCAAUCAAUAAAGAAUCGGCAAUCAAAUUAAAACAAUUAACUGAUUCGAUAAACGGACAUAUGCAAGCAUUAAAAGCGCUAAACCAUGACCUAUACAAUUGGGGUGCGUUGUUAUUACAUGUAAUUUACACGGAACUUGAUACGAACACUAUCAAGCAAUGGGAAAUGGAAACGUCCAGAGAAGAACUACCUAGUGUAGAAAUGUUAGUGGAGUUCUUAGGUAAAAGGAAUCAAAUGUUAGAGUCAGUCGAAAAUGCUAGAUUACUAACAGGCAAGCAAAACGAAUCUAAUUAUUCACUAUCAAAAAUCUCAAAAGUUGGAACAUCAAAGAAGGGUGCGUCAACAUUUUUAUCUACAUACAAAAUGAAAUGUUACAUGUGUCAACAACCACACCCAAUCUACAAAUGUACCAUAUUUCUGGCACUUGACAUAGCGUCCAGAAUAAAGAAGGUCGAUGAAUUAAAAUUAUGCAAAAAUUGUUUAAAAAAAACAGAUCAUCAUGUAAAUUUAUGUCCAUCGAGAAAAUGUAUAAAAUGUCAACAGUUGCAUAAUUCACUUUUACAUAAGGAAACAAAUUCAGUUGACGAAAAUGUCAAUAUAUUAUCAAACAAUGCAUCAGUAUCUGCGCAUACAGCUAAAGUCAACAUUGAUAGCGAAGUGUUGUUAGCUACGGCAAUAAUUAAAAUAUCGAGUCCCGCUGGCAGGCAUUCGCAUGGGCGAGUGUUGUUAGACAGCGGAUCACAGAGCAAUUUUAUAACAAACAAUUUGGUAAACAAACUCGGACUUCAGCGGAAAAAAGUAAACAUUCCAAUAUGCGGUAUCAGUGAAACGAAUAAUACAAUAAAAUAUAAGGUAACAGCUGUAAUCAACUCAUUAAAUAACUCGUACUCUACGAUAAUUGACCUAUUAGUGUUAUCGAAGAUAACGGGCCCAUUACCACGAACGUCUAUACGCAGUGUGAAUGUUCCGAGUGAUAUGUAUAUGGCAGACCCGUCGUUUAAUUAUCCAGGUAAUAUUGAUAUACUUAUCGGCGGAGACACUUAUUGGGACAUAAUGUGCGCUGAUAAAAUAAAAAUCAAUGAUGGACCAUAUUUACAAAAAACAUUGUUCGGAUGGGUAGCAGUAGGUAAAACGACGAAUAAUUUAAGUAUGACAAGACCAAACACAUGCUUGUUAGCAACUCGGAAUCAAUAUAAAAUAUUAGAAGGUAAAAUCGAAGCGUUCUGGAAAAUGGAAGAGGUGUCGUUAAAACGUAAUUUCACUGACGAAGAAAAUACAUGCUCCAAACAUUUUAUUGAGAACGUCACGAGAAAUAAAGACGGUAGAUUUGUGGUGAGGUUACCAUUCAAGGACAAUUAUCGGCAGUUAGGUAACUCAUAUGCAUCAGCAUUACGAAGAUUCUUAUCAUUAGAAAAACGAUUACGCAAUAAUACCGAGCUAUAUACGAAAUAUAAAAUGUUUAUGCUAGAAUAUGAAAACCUUAAACACAUGGAGUGCGUAUGCGACGCAGGCGGUGAUAAACAGGUAAUCGAUGAAAAUAAUUGCUUUAUCUACCACACUCGUAUGUGA